UGUUUCUUGAGCUAAGAAUUAAUAUGUCACAAGAACUGUCAAGAUUUAGUGUGAUUUUUUAUUGCAUUUUGGUGGAAUUUGAUAUUCGUUACCUUCUAGGAUUCAAAUCCUAAGUUUAGGAGUAAUGUUUGUAUUAUGAUUCCCUUUGUUACCUUCUAGGAUUCAAAUCCUAAGUUUAGGAGUAAUGUUUGUAUUAUGAUUCCCUCCGAGUGAUUGAAUUGUUCUCAGAAAAGUUUAUGCUGAAAGAAGUUAAAUAUUUUUCAAAAUCAGAAUUAACCGAUCUUAUUCUAAAGAUUCUAUCACUAUUUUAAUAUUGUAAUAUUUUUAUAUUGUUAAAACUUAUAGCUUAAAAAUCUUAAAUUGAUUAAAGUUGAUCUAUAAUCAACAUUUAAACUUGUGAAAAUUUCUUGUUAAGUAUUAUUAAUAUAAGCUGUACAGGUUGCAAUUGACAAUCUUCUAAGAUGUAAGUUUACUUUCAUAUUGUGAUGAUAAAUCUUAUUUUGGUUGGAUCUUUCAAUUGUGUUAACUAUUCUGCAAUAGUUUAAUAUAAUCUUUGUGCAUAAAUCAUAUUGUAUGUUUCAGAUAAAUAUUGAUAUAUCUGACUUAAAUACAGUUUAGAGACCCUUCAGGACUGUUUAAGAAUAUUCCUGCACUGACAUUGACAACCUAACCUGAACAUGAGUUCCUCAAUUGUGAAACUACUCGCUGUUGCUCUAGAAGAAGCUAAGAAGCUAGAGAAGCAAGAAACUGAGAGGAAUUCCGACAGCGGAGGGGUUCAGCGUACUGAGGAGCAAUUGGAUCAAAUAUUUGAGGAGAUGGGAAAUAUGAAGAUUCAGUUUCAAGAUAUGAAGAAGCAAAUGGAAUAUGUCAAGGGUCAGGGGGAAGAUACCAAGAUUCAGUUGGAGAAUACCAAGACUGAAUUAAACGAGACAAAGAUUAAAUUGGAAGAUACCAAGAUUCAGCUGGAAGAUACCAAGAUUCAGUUGGAGAAUACCAAGACCGAAUUAAACGAGACCAAGAUUCAAUUGGAAGAUACCAAGAUUCAGUUGGAAUAUUCUAAGACUAAAACUUCCAAACUUGAGAAGGAAAUAGCGAAUAAAUACGAGUAUACCAAAGAUCCAUGCAAAAACUGCAAUGGGUCAACCUUCUGCCUGGAUGGUCAAGUUGUUCGUAAUACACCAGGGAUAGGAACCAAGAUCAGAGCACUAAAGGAUACUACAUGGAAUAGCUUUGGUUAUCAAUACCGGGUUCAUGCUAAUGAUACUGGAGUUGUAGAUAGGGUAGAUUCCACACUCGGACCCUUCAUCAAGUGGAACACAUCAGGAUUAAGCAUGGAUUUCAUUGGAACCGGAUUUGUUUACAACUGUAAAUAAAUAAAUAACUGUAAGCAGCUAAAGCUUAAUCCAGAAUGCUAACUAUCCACAUUCAAAUAUACUGCAUCUGAUCUCUGACUUGGUAAUAGUGUUAAUAAUGCCAUUAUGGGAUCUAUGGUCAUAAGAAUUAUAUGUACUUUUUAUGGUAAAAGAUUAAGAUAAAGAUAAGUAAUGUUUGUAUUAUAAUUCCCUUCGUUACCUUCUAGCAUUCAAAACCUAAGUUUAGGAGUAGUGUUUGUAUUAUGAUUCCCUUCGUUACCUUCUAGGAUUCAAAUCUUAAGUUUAGGAGUAAUGUUUGUAUUCAAUAUUGUUUCUUGAGCUAAGAAUUAAUAUGUCACAAGAACUGUCAAGAUUUAGUGUGAUUUUUUAUUGCAUUUUGGUGGAAUUUGAUAUUCGUUACCUUCUAGGAUUCAAAUCCUAAGUUUAGGAGUAAUGUUUGUAUUAUGAUUCCCUUCGUUACCUUCUAGGAUUCAAAUCCUAAGUUUAGGAGUAAUGUUUGUAUUAUGAUUCCCU